AUGACACAAGAUUCUGUGGAAAUAAAGACGAUAGAGCAGUGGAAAUGGUCUGAAAUGCAAGACUUUGAACUCGUCGUGUCAGCUCACUCAGAUAACUCGUCAGUAGAAAAUCCUUCAUCUAUUAAAGGCCAUAACAACAUUAAUUCAACUGCAAAAACAGCAGUAAAUACGACUGCACAAGUCAAGGAAGAAGAAGAGGGGACCUCUCAAGAGAGAAAAGAAACAAUGGCAGUUUCCACCUCUGGAGAUAAGAAAGAUGGUGGUGGUGGUGAUGCGGAGAAACCAGGUUCACCGCCGCCUGCGGUAGGGCUUGGGGAGCUUUUCAGAUUUGCUGAUGGUCUGGAUUAUUUUCUGAUGACUAUUGGUACAGUUGGUGCCAUUGUUCAUGGAAGUUCAUUGCCUUUGUUCCUUAGAUUCUUUGCUGAUCUUGUCAAUUCUUUUGGCUCCAAUGCAAACAAUGUUGAUAAAAUGACAGAAGAGGUUUUGAAGUAUGCAUAUUACUUUCUUGUAGUGGGAGCUGCAAUAUGGGCAUCUUCAUGGGCAGAAAUAUCAUGUUGGAUGUGGACUGGGGAGAGGCAAUCAACAAAGAUGAGGAUCAAGUACUUAGAGGCUGCUUUGAAUCAAGAUAUUCAAUAUUUCGAUACAGAUUUUCGCACUUCCGAUGUUGUUUAUGCUGUUAACACUGAUGCAGUGAUGGUCCAAGAUGCCAUUAGUGAGAAGUUGGGUAAUUUUUUACACUAUAUGGCAACAUUUGUAUCUGGGUUUGUGGUUGGUUUCACUGCAGUGUGGCAAUUAGCUCUGGUCACUCUUGCUGUAGUUCCUCUGAUUGCAAUAAUUGGCGGCAUUCAUACAACAACAUUAGCAAAGCUUUCUGGCAAAAGCCAAGAAGCCCUUUCUCAGGCAGGAAAUAUUGCAGAACAGACAAUCGCUCAAGUUCGGACAGUAUUGGCAUUUGUCGGUGAAUCAAAGGCAUUACAGGCAUACUCUGCAGCAUUGAAGGUAGCCCAGAGAAUUGGUUACAGGAUUGGAUUUGCAAAGGGAAUGGGAUUGGGAGCUACAUAUUUUACUGUUUUUUGCUGUUAUGCCCUUCUACUUUGGUAUGGAGGUUAUUUAGUUAGGCACCAUUUCACCAAUGGAGGACUUGCCAUAGCCACAAUGUUUGCAGUUAUGAUCGGUGGACUGGCUUUAGGACAGUCUGCUCCAAGCAUGGCUGCAUUUGCUAAGGCAAGAGUUGCAGCUGCUAAAAUCUUCCGUAUAAUUGAUCACAAACCGGCUGUUGACAGAAACAGCGAGUCGGGGUUGGAAUUAGAUUCAGUAACAGGACAAAUAGAGCUAAAAAAUGUAGAUUUCUCCUACCCUUCAAGGCCGGAAACUCAAAUACUUGACAAUUUCUCCCUUGCCCUUCCAUCUGGGAAGACAAUAGCCUUGGUUGGAAGCAGUGGCUCUGGAAAAAGCACAGUCGUAUGCCUCAUCGAGAGAUUUUAUGAUCCUACUUCAGGACAAGUUUUGCUGGACGGGCACAACAUCAAGACAUUGAAGUUGAGGUGGCUUCGGGAGCAAAUGGGACUGGUAAGCCAAGAGCCGGCACUAUUUGCCACCACCAUCAAAGAAAACAUACUUUUGGGGAGACCUGAUGCAAGUUUAGUACAAGUUGAAGAGGCUGCAAGAAUUGCUAAUGCACAUUCGUUCAUUGUCAAGCUCCCGCAGGGCUAUGAUGCUCAGGUUGGGGAGAGAGGAUUGCAACUCUCCGGGGGACAGAAACAGAGAGUAGCUAUUGCUAGGGCAAUGCUCAAGAACCCUGCAAUCUUGCUAUUGGACGAGGCAACUAGUGCCUUGGAUUCUGAAUCGGAAAAGCUAGUGCAAGAAGCAUUAGAUCGGUUCAUGAUUGGAAGAACAACUCUAGUCAUUGCACAUCGCCUCUCCACCAUUCGAAAGGCUGACCUUGUGGUUGUACUGCAGCAUGGUACCAUCUCUGAAAUUGGAACUCAUGAUCAGCUCAUUGCUAAAGGAGAAAAUGGUAUCUAUGCAAAACUUAUCCGAAUGCAGGAAGCAGCUCACGAAACUGCUCUCAAUAAUGCCAGAAAAAGUAGUGCCCGGCCAUCUAGUGCGAGGAACUCUGUAAGCUCACCGAUAAUUACCAGAAAUUCUUCUUAUGGUCGAUCACCUUACUCGAGAAGACUGUCAGAUUUCUCUACUUCAGACUUCAGCCUAUCCUUGGACGGUGCAUAUCCUAAUUAUAGACUCGAAAAGCUUGCAUUCAAAGAGCAAGCUAAUUCAUUUUGGCGCCUUGCGAAGAUGAACUCUCCAGAAUGGGUUUAUGCUUUGGUUGGUUCUAUAGGGUCUAUCAUUUGUGGCUCUCUUAGUGCAUUCUUCGCCUACGUGCUGAGCGCUGUUCUUAGCGUCUACUACAAUCCAGAUCAUGCUUAUAUGAUCAGAGAAAUCGCGAAAUAUUGUUAUCUUUUAAUUGGUGUUUCAUCAGCGGCACUUAUAUUCAACACGUUGCAGCAUUUCUUCUGGGACGUUGUGGGAGAGAACUUAACAAAACGAGUGAGAGAGAAAAUGUUUGCAGCAGUGAUAAAAAAUGAAAUGGCGUGGUUUGAUCAGGACGAAAAUGGAAGUUCUAGAGUUGCAGGGAGACUGGCACUGGAUGCCAAUAAUGUUAGGUCAGCAAUUGGGGACAGGAUUUCAGUUAUUAUGCAGAACUCUGCACUUAUGCUAGUUGCCUGCACUGCUGGAUUUGUAUUGCAAUGGCGCCUUGCCCUCGUACUCAUUGCUGUCUUUCCUGUUGUCGUUGCAGCCACUGUUUUACAGAAAAUGUUCAUGAGUGGAUUUUCCGGGGACUUGGAAGGUGCACAUGCCAAAGCCACACAACUUGCCGGGGAAGCUGUGGCUAAUGUAAGAACAGUCGCUGCCUUCAAUUCAGAAUCGAAAAUAGUUGGUCUUUUCGCGUCGAGCCUUCAACCUCCAUUGCGCCGCUGCUUUUGGAAAGGACAGAUAGCUGGAGGUGGAUACGGAAUAGCUCAAUUUUUGCUCUAUGCUUCCUAUGCCCUUGGUCUUUGGUAUGCCUCUUGGCUCGUCCAGCAUGGAAUCUCAGACUUCUCAAAGACAAUCCGAGUUUUCAUGGUCCUUAUGGUCUCAGCCAAUGGUGCAGCCGAAACUCUGACGCUUGCCCCUGACUUCAUCAAAGGCGGUCGAGCAAUGCGUUCGGUGUUUGAACUUCUUGACCGCAAAACUGAAAUUGAGCCUGAUGAUCCCGACGCAACCACGGUCCCUGACCGUCUUCGUGGUGAAGUCGAAUUUAAGCAUGUUGAUUUCUCUUAUCCGACCCGGCCGGAUGAUUUAAUUUUCCAGGAUUUAAAUCUUCGAGCCCGAGCAGGGAAAACUCUUGCACUUGUUGGACCUAGUGGUUGUGGUAAAAGCUCAGUCAUUGCACUUGUACAAAGAUUCUACGAACCGUUGUCUGGACGCAUUAUGAUCGAUGGAAAGGAUAUCCGAAAAUACAAUCUGAAGUCAUUGAGACACCACAUUGCCACAGUGCCACAAGAACCUUGCCUCUUUGCGACCACCAUUUAUGAAAAUAUCGCUUACGGAAAUGAGUCUGCCACCGAAGCUGAGAUAGUCGAAGCAGCAAACUUGGCCAAUGCUGACAAGUUCAUUUCAUCAUUGCCCGAUGGAUACAAAACAUUAGUCGGGGAAAGAGGAACUCAGAUGUCUGGAGGACAGAAGCAAAGGAUUGCGAUUGCUCGCGCAUUGUUAAGGAAAGCGGAGAUAAUGCUGCUGGAUGAGGCAACAAGCGCGCUUGAUGCGGAAUCCGAGAGGUGUAUACAAGAAACCCUGGAUCGCGCCUGUGCAGGAAAAACGACAAUUGUGGUUGCACAUAGACUAUCGACAAUCAGAAAUGCUCAUGUUAUAAACGUGAUAGAUGACGGGAGAGUAGCAGAACAAGGUUCGCACUCGCAUUUAUUGAAGAACUACCCCGAUGGAAUCUAUGCACGUAUGAUACAGUUACAGAGGUUCAGCCAUGGAGAAGCUGUGAAUAUGGUAUUAGGUAUGAGUUCUCAAGAUCGCCAAGGCCAAUGA